CAAAAGGAAGCAAAAGCAAAGCAAGCAAGCAAGCAUACAAUCAUCCCAUCCUAGACGCUGCGCCCGCCCCGCUGUUGCUGUGUGCAGACUACUGUAUAUUAAAUUGCAAUAGAACGCGUGGAGAACAGACCCCUAUUGAUUUCAGGCAAAUCAGGGCAGACAGAGAAAGUGUUGAUUAACACUUGUUGAUCUUUAUUCAACCAACACUUGGCUCUCCUCACCACAAUCAUCACUCAGUCGACAAUUGCAAAAAAAUGUCACUACUCUCACCAUCUACUCAAGCAAGUGGUCAGGCACAUGCUCGUAUGAGAAACAAAGCAACUUCAUCACAUCCACGUCAAUCAUCUGGAGUAUACAACACCUUUAGUAGUAAACAAAUCGCAGGUUUACGUGAAGCAUUCAACACAAUUGAUGCUGAUUCAGAUGGUUUCAUUACACGCAAAGAUGUUGAAGCAAUCUUGACAAAUUUGGGACAACCAUGCGAUCGAGCAAGUGUGGAUAAAUUAAUGCAAAACGCUCUAUCAGAAGGACAAGGUGAAAGGGAAAGAAUUAAUUUUACUCAAUUUUUAACCAUGUUUGGAGAACAUUUAUCGGAGAUGGAUGAAGCAACAGAUUUGGUGGCUGCUUUCGAAUGCUUUGAUGAAAGGGAUGAAGGUAAAAUUGAUGCAGGCGAACUUAGAUAUUGGCUUGGAGAAGUGGGCGAUCGUAUGAAAGAAGAAGAAAUUGAUCGUUUACUGGCAGGACCUUUUAUGGACAGAGGCGGUAGAAAGUUUGAUUACAAAUCCUUCGUUGAAGCUGUCAAGAUGAGCGAACCGGUGGAAUUGGAAUAAGAUUGUUGUGUUGUGUUUUGUAUGUGUUUCCAUAGGCUUGGACCUUGUAUCAAUAUAAUCUUGUGCGUCAAUAUGCAGAGUAACAAUAACAACAACGGAAACCCGUGUAGGUAGGCCACUGAAAUAUGCAACGCGCCCGCUGCAAUAGCGCCUAGAGCGGUGUUGUGCGUGCGUAUGCGUGUCUGUCUAACUUGUCUGUAGAACCAUGUGCUACUACUGUCAAUUUAUUAUAUAUGCCGACGCUAGG